AUGGAUGCCACAUCUAAAGAAGUAGGCCACAAGGUAACAACUCCAAAAGAUGUUGAGAAUGACAUAAGUCUUGAGGAACAACUUUCGGAAACAACAUCAUCACAAGUUUGGCGAAAUAAGAUGUAUGAUCAAGCAGCCCUCAAAGCACGUGUGAUACAACCAUGUUUAGCACCAGCUGAUCUUGCCUCUAAGAUCCCUCACAUAAAAGCUAACUUGAUACCAAAUACCAUUCAUGGUACACAAGAUGAAAUUGUGACCAACAAUAUUUUGCUGCAAGAAGAACCACCGGACCAGCCAUUAAAUCAACAAAUCGUGUUGACUCCGAAAGAUACACUCAUUGAGGAUCUAAGUCAAGAACCACCGGAUUUCAAAGCUCAAAACCGAGAAGGAGUUAAGCAAGCAAUACCACAAGUCAGAGUACCGGAUCAAAAAAGAGGAGUGAUCUUAUCUUUCUUGCUAAAUGGAGAGCCACCCAAUGCACUAUGCAUUACCAAGCUGCAACCCUAUCAAGGGAAAGGGUAUGAUGCGGACAUCCAAAUUAAACCAAACCGGGAUCAUACCAAACCAGUCGGUACAUUUAUCAAACCGAUUGAUGAGGAGCAUUUUGGAGGACUCUUGCCCAAUUGGAGUCUCAAUCAAGCACAAUGCCUAGGGUUAAUUAAUCACCAGCAAAUUAAUCCUAAGAAGACAAAUGAUGGUUCAAGUGGAGUCAAAGACCAAGGAGCCGAGUCAUCCUAUUAUGGGAAUAUGACUGUUGCACUCUUUUUCCCUUAUCUAGGGUUUGUCCCAAUGGGUUUACUUAGAAAGGUUUUUAACGAGGCAAAAUCAAGUCAUCAAGGAAUCAUUUACCAAGCAAAUGAUUCAAAGAUAUCAAAAGUACAUGAAGCUGAUGUACUUGCUGACAGACCGGCUGAACUACCCGCUGAACUAUCUUCUGAAGAACCCGCAGAGUUACUACUUGCCAUAUAUGGAGCCAAAGGAGAUCAACUUGCAACAACUCUUUCCUUGUUUGUUCGUGCGAUUAUGUGA